AUGGUCGAGAUCCAGCAUGAAUUGCCUGAUAGAUUAUUUCAAUUUGGUACAAUUUUAUUACUAAUAACAGUUUUUUUUUUUUUUUUGUUUCAUUUUUUCUUCUUAUAAAAGUGAAUCUGUGAUCUCUGUGCUACUUUAAUACUCGAUUUGCCCAGCUAAAGCUAGCUGUCGCUUUGAAGGACAUCUGAAAAGUCUUCAGCGUGUCUAAUUCAUUUAAAAACCUAUCAUCAAUAUAUUUGGAAACCUAUCUACCAGUGGAUCUUCUGUCCGAGUGAUCUCAUUAUGGAUUUUGGCAGCAUAGCUGAGUUUCUUCGCAACAAAACCAUCUUCGUUACCGGUGCAACUGGCUUCAUUGCUAAGAUUCUUUUGGAAAAGAUUCUUCGCGUUCAACCAAACGUGAAGAGAUUAUACCUUCUUGUAAGGGCUACAGAUGCUAAUUCAGCGGACUCGCGGCUGCGAGAUGAGGUGUUAGGCAAGGAGUUGUUCAAAGUUUUAAGAGAAAAAUGGGGCUCUGAUUUUGAUUCUUUUGUAUCUGAGAAAAUAAUUGCAGUUGCGGGUGAUGCGUCCUACGAGAACCUUGGACUUGCAGCGGAUCAGAUAGAAGAAAUGUACGAGAAUAUAGAUAUUGUUAUUAACGUAGCAGCAGCAACAAAGUUUAAGGAAAGGUAUGAUGUUGCAUUGGGUGUGAAUACCCUAGGAGCUAAGAAUGUGGUCAACUUCGCCAAGAAUUGUGCUAAUAUAGAGUUGCUCAUCCAUGUGUCAACUGCAUAUGUUUGUGGAGAGAAGGCAGGAUUAAUAUCUGAAAACUUAUAUGCUAUGGGUGAGACUUUGAGUGGAGAGGCUGCCUUGGAUAUUGAUUCAGAGAAAAAGCUCAUUGAAGAAACUAUAAGGAAUCUUGUAGCCAGAAAAGUUCCAGAACAGGCAAUCAGAGAAAGGAUGAAGAUUUUAGGAAGUCAAAGGGCAAAGUUGUAUGGAUGGCCAAACACCUACGUGUUUACUAAGGCGAUGGGAGAGAUGGUAAUACGGAAACUCAGAGGCAAUCUACCUGUGGUUGUUAUGAGGCCUACCAUUGUGUGCAGCACCUUGAAAGAACCUUUCUCUGGCUGGCUUGAAGGUUGCAGGACUAUUGAUACCGUUACUGUCAUGUAUGGAAAAGGAACACUAAGUGUCUUAUCCGCCGAUAUCAGCUCCGUCUUCGAUUUGAUACCGGCUGAUAUGUUUGUGAAUUCCAUUAUUGUGGCUAUGAAGGCCAAUGUGAACAAACCAUGUUUGACUAUAUACCAAGUGGGAAGCUCAUAUAGGAAUCCAGUAAGUUUCGAAGUGCUACAUGGAUUUUAUUUGUCCUACUUCUCUAAAAAUCCAUGGAGCAAUCGUGACGGAAACCCUAUCAAAAUCAGGAAGUGUUUCGUGUUAAGCAACAUAUUGAUAUUCGAAAUUAUCCUCAUCCUAUUUCACUUUAUGGUGCAAAUGAUCUUGAAUUUUGUUACUAAAAUGGGUUGCAGUAAUUUGCAUCAGAUGAUGUUAAACUUUGAGAAAAAGUUGACAAUAACAACGACAUUGGUGGACUUGUACAAGCCCUACUUAUUUUUCAAGGGCAUUUUUCUGGACACAAAUACUAAUAAGUUGCUCAAAACUGCCCGUCAAAAUGGUUUGGAUGAAGAUAUGUUCAACUUUGAUCCUGAGUGCAUCAAUUGGCAAGAUUAUAUCAUGAACGUUCACAUUCCAGCUACUGUUAGAUAUUUGUUUUAGUAUUUUGUCACAUUUCAUUCUGUUUUCGCAAAUAUUUGG